ACCCAGGGGCCGGGGCAGGGGAGGCCCGGACCGUCGCAGCGACAAUUUCUUUCUCCGCGUUGCUGCCGCAGAGAGAGCCGCCACAGAUUCAGAGGUCACCGGCCGUGCGGCGUGGGUUUGCAAAGGCGUUGGGGCUGUCCCGCCACCAAGAACGAGCCCAAGCCACGGAAGGCAGCAGAGCUCGUCAGACCACGAGCAGAGAGAACCAAGAGGAGGCACGGCCCGGACCAGCUCGCGGGCGCCUCCCAGCCUGGUGCCACAGUCACCAAGCACCGGUGCCUUGCGGAGCAACCACCGCCGCCCCGGCUGCAACAGCCACACGGAUGCCCGAGCCUCGCGGCCCGCGCAGGGGCAGCCGCCACAGUCGCCAUCCCACGCGAACACCCGACACGCAGGACUGCUGGUGAGUGGCCACACACGUGUGCCCGUUGGCCCCGGAGGUGCGUGGAGAAGACUGCUUGCUUCCUAUCGCCCUGCGGUCCCGGCCCCCAUGCGCCCCUCUCCGCCCUAGGAUGAAGUGACUGAGAAGAAAGAGUGAGUUCAGCACCUGGCCUUUGCAGCCAGGACAGCAUGGAGCAGCCAUUCACUGUGAACUCGCUGAAAAAGUUGGCUGCAAUGCCUGAUCAUACAGAUGUUUCUCUAAGUCCAGAGGAGCGGGUCCGCGCCCUAAGCAAGCUUGGUUGUAAUAUCUCCAUUAAUGAAGACAUCACCCCACGCCGUUACUUCAGGUCCGGAGUAGAAAUGGAAAGGAUGGCGUCUGUGUAUUUGGAAGAAGGGAACCUGGAAAAUGCCUUUGUUCUUUAUAACAAAUUUAUAACAUUGUUUGUCGAAAAGCUUCCUAGCCAUAGAGAUUACCAACAGUGUGAAGUACCAGAGAAGCAGGAUAUCAUGAAGACACUGAAGGAGAUUGCCUUCCCAAGGACGGAUGAAUUGAAAAGGGACCUGAUAAGAAAAUACAACAUAGAAUACCAAGAGUAUUUGCAAAGCAAAAACAAAUACAAUGCCGAAAUUCUUAAAAAGUUGGAACAUCAGAGACUGAUCGAGGCAGAGCGGAAGCGGAUAGCUCAGAUGCGCCAGCAGCAACUAGAAUCAGAACAGUUCCUGUUUUUCGAAGAUCAGCUCAAGAAGCAAGAGUUGGCCCGCGGCCAGACACGAGGUCAAGACUCCCCGGUGCUGUCUGAGCAGACUGAUGGAAGCAGACUGUCCUGCUUUUCCACCCACCAGAACAACUCUCUACGGAACGUAUUUGCCGAUCAGCCCCGUAAAAGCGAUGGCAGCGAUUUCGCUGAUCACUCUCCUCCCGUGAACAGGGCCUUAAAGCCCGCGGCCACUCUGAGCGCGGUUCAGAAUUUAGUGGUUGAAGGCCUGCGGGGUGUGGUUUUAUCAAGAGACCUUUGCCAUAAAUUUCUGCUGCUGGCUGAAUCAAACACAGUAAGAGGAAUAGAAACCUGUGGAAUCCUCUGUGGCAAACUGACACAUAAUGAAUUCACUAUUACCCAUGUGAUCGUGCCAAAGCAGUCUGCAGGCCCAGACUACUGUGACAUGGAGAACGUAGAGGAAUUAUUCAGUGUUCAAGAUCAACAUGGACUCCUCACGCUGGGAUGGAUUCAUACGCACCCCACGCAAACUGCGUUCCUGUCCAGUGUGGAUCUUCACACUCACUGCUCCUAUCAGCUGAUGUUGCCUGAGGCGGUUGCCAUUGUGUGCUCCCCAAAGCAUAAGGACACGGGCAUUUUCAGGCUCACCAAUGCCGGCAUGCUUGAGGUCUCUACUUGUAAAAAGAAGGGCUUUCAUCCUCACACCAAGGACCCCAGGCUGUUCAGUAUAUGCAACCAUGUAUUAGUAAAAGACAUCAAAACAACAGUGUUGGACUUGAGGUGACGUGCUCCAGAUGCACAACCAUCUGCGCCAGAUACCUGCCAUGGAUGUGUGUGACUGAUGAAUUUCUUAUGAUGUUUCCAGGAGUGACUGAUAUUUUAUAUUUAUAUAUUUUAGACCAAAACUUUGAUAUUUAUUGUUCUUGCAUAUUUUGAAGUUUCCUUUUUGGGUUGCUGUGUCUCAAAGGAGGUCACAUGCUGUUCAAUCUAUACCCAUUAAUGUACCCAAAUAAUAUCCUCAGAAAAUAAAUUGUGCUGCAAAUAACAAUAUA